AAAUACAAAAAGCUCACAAUUAAAUUCGAAAAAAAAAUUAAAAAGAGAAAAAACAGAGGUGGGCGGUUUCAAGACGGUGUCGUGUCGUCGGAGAUCGGGGUUGUAGGGUGGUGAGGGUGGAGUUUUUGGGAUUUUGGGGAGAUGAGGUUUUUGAGGAGAAUAGCUGGAUUUCUAGGGUUUGUCAAGGAAGAUGGCCAUGAAGUUAAGGAUGAAGAAGACGACGACGACGCUGCUAACAAUACUUCUUCUCAAGCUCGGAAUCGGACCCAUUUCAAAGAAAGUGGGCUUCCACGAAAAGGGUUCAGUGUACCGGUCCAGGUCGCUGUCGACCGAUCUCUGCCGGGCCCAAUUCUCGCUCCUUCUGAUUCUGGCGAUGGUGGUGUUCAGGGUCUCAAAUGGUAUGCAAAGCGAUUAAGGAUAGAUGAAGAUGGAGAUGUAGCCGACGAGUUCAUUGAUGAAGUCACCCGGGAGUCAUUGUCGAUGAGCACAGAACACGACAGGAAGCCAUUGCCAAGGUUCCAAGCAAAAUAUGGCACCAGACCUGCUAAAGUUCAGAAACAGGUCGUAUUGCCUGAUGGCAGACUCCAACAAUACGUGGAGCACCAGGGUAGACUCCAAUUGGUAUGACAACAAUUAAUCCCAUGACAAAAAUGAAAAAAAAAAACAAAACAAAACAAAAAAAGUUUCCAGCAUGAUUGCCUGUCUCCAAUUUUUCUUGGCAAUGGUUCCAUUGCCAUGUGUUUGUCUCUGUUUUGUGCUGGUGUAACUUGCUCUUGCCCCAAUAUUUGUAUUAAAAAACACAUAACAGUGUUGAUAAGCCUGUUUUCUGGGAUUAGUAAUUGAUUCCUUUUGCUGA